AUGCCCGUAUCAGAGCAUGUCAUCAAAUCGAGCCUAAAAGCCAUUGAAGAACCCACAUCUGCACAUAGUGUUGCGCAUGCACCAGUUGUGGGCGAGCCCUCCACCAGUAUUGCGCCGAUACCGCAAAACGAUUCACGAUUGAUCUCUCGUCGCAGUUCUACUGCUCACGGACGCCUGUCUACUGAUAGCGAAGGACAUCACAGGAGUAUCUUCACACACGGAGAAAAAUGGUUCAUCGUCGCGAUUUGUGGGUUUGCUGGGACUUUCAGUCCCCUCACCUCAAACAUCUACUUCCCCGCUCUUCCAACUCUAGCUUCUCAAUUCAACGUCUCCGUCGAGCUCAUCAAUCUUACCAUAACAGUAUAUAUGGUCAUGCAAGCCGUUGCCCCGAGCUUCUGGGGAACCUUUGCGGACCACUACGGCCGCCGUCCCUUCUUCCUCGCCUGCAUGCUCGUCCUCUGCCUAACCUGCGUCGGACUUGCGCUCGUGCCGACGAAUGCGUAUUGGUUGUUGAUGCUGUUGAGAUGUGUGCAGGCUGCAGGCUCGGCGAGUACGAUUGCCCUCAGUGCAGGCGUAGUGGCGGAUAUAUCGGAGCCACAUGAGAGGGGGACGUUCUUUGGGUUUAUGGGGAUUGGACCUAUGGUGGGUCCGUGUCUUGGGCCAAUUCUCGGCGGUGCACUUUCACAAGGUCUUGGGUGGCGAUCGAUAUUCUGGUUCUUGGCUAUCGCAUCUGCGCUGUUGAUUACUCGGACACCCAGAUUCCUACCCGAAACUCUCCACUCAAUCGUGGGUGACGGAAGCACCAAACCCUCCGCAAUCUACUGCCCCCUCAUCCCUCUUGUAGGUCGGCACCGGCAGCGUCCCCUCAGAUCUGCACCACAACCCCCUUCCCAUGACUCUAAGCCUAAAAAGCCUUUCACAAACCCUCUCAAGGCCUUUACCCACCCCGACAUCGUCCUCAUCCUACUCUACACCGGCAUAAUCAACGCAGCCUCCUACUCCGUCUCCGCCUCUAUUUCCACCCUCUUCGUCACUACUUAUCCUUGGCUGAGUCAGACGGACCUGGGGCUAGUUUUCUUGGCGAUGGGAGGGGGGAUGAUGGCGGGCAGUGUGGCGGUGGGCAGGUUUUUGGAUUGGGAAUACGGUAGGGUUGGAAGAGCGCUGGGUAAGAAAAAAGAGACCGAUAACAAUGAAGGAAAAGAGGCUAUAGGAGCUGUUAGCGAUGAUGCAGGACGUGGAGACAGGCGUAAAGAAGUUGAAGCGGGGUUCCCGAUCGAAAAAGCCAGAUUGAGGACCAUGCCGUUCAUCCUCAUGACUUUCAUCGCUUGCGUUGUCGGAUACGGCUGGUGUCUCCAGGCCAAGGUCAAUAUGGCCGGACCGCUGCUACUUCAGAUUGUCGGCACCGUAGGUUUCAUGGUCAUGGCUCAGAUGAAUACCGCGCAGAUCCUUCUGGUGGAUCUUUUUCCGACCCAAGGCUCAACUAUCACUGCCUGCAACAACCUAGUUCGCUCCUCCCUCGGCGCCGCAUUCGUCUCCGUCAUCGACCUCAUUCUCACCGCUCUCCACGGUCCAGGAUGGACCUUCGUUCUCAUCGCUGGAAUAUGUCUUGUGGUGGGAGGCCCAGUUUUGGCGAUUGAGAUGAAGUGGGGGCCGAUCUGGCGGGAGAGACGGCGGAGGAAUUCCAUAGCCGUUGUGACGGACGUGGAGAAAAGGGAGACCGAACAGGAGGCUUGA